CAGGUAAAUUUUCCAGCCAUUUUAUUUCAAUUUUGCAUUUUCAUUAUCAAAAUUAAGAACAUAUGUGCAUGAUUGUGAUCUGCAGUUAGGGACAGGUAUGUUAGCAAACUAAGACUAUGUUCUAGAAUUAGCGUCUGAUCUAUAUUUCUAAGAUAAAGAUUGAAGUGAAAAGGCUUCUGAUUCCUUUGCUUUCUGUUGCACUCUCUAACCACCUUUGUCUCUUUCCCCGACUUCCUGCAUAUACAACUUUGAUAACACCCAUACUGCAAGUCUGCAAUCCUCCAACCCUCUCUUUGUUUCAGUAAAAGAUGUCGACCAGCUUUGCUUCAGCGACCAUUCUUGCUAGCUCAGUCUGCAUUGGCCAACGUUCUGACACCAGAAAGCUAUUUCUGACGAAGAGAAAUGUCAGGUGGCAAGAGAAAACCAUUUCCAAUGGCUCUAGAGCAUACUGCAUGAAGACAUGGAACCCAAUCGACAACAAGAAGUUCGAAACGUUGUCUUAUCUUCCACCCCUCACCGAAGAUUCAAUAGCAAGGGAGGUUGACUACAUGAUCUCAAAAGGAUGGGUACCUUGCUUGGAAUUCGAUGAGAUGGGGAAAGUGCACAGGACCAACAGCCAAAUUCCAGGCUACUAUGAUGGGAGAUACUGGACCAUGUGGAAAUUACCGAUGUUUGGGUGUGUGGAUUCCUCGCAAGUGCUACGAGAGAUCCAGGAAUGCAAGAAGACAUACCCAAAUGCAUACAUUCGCCUCUUGUCCUUCGACAACAAGAAACAAUGCCAGUGCAUGUCCUUUGUCAUUCAGAAGCCAUCCAAUGGCAUUGCCUAAACAGAACAGUCUCUGUGUACCAAAGUCUGAUCUUUUGUUCUUGAUGAAAAUAAGGUGUCACUAAACUAUUAAGUGCUUACUUUUAUCUCUAAGAUUCCAGAAAACCACUUUGUAUGAAUAAUGUGACAGGGU